UAUUGGCUGAAUCCCAAACGGCUUCCUAUUGGAUGUCGAAGGCACUUAUGCAGGACGUUGAAGCCGCUAUUUCAUUCCAUUCCUGACGUCCACUAAGGGCACUAGCAAGGAGAAGAGAGAAGUGUUUGGGAUUGAACCAAGGAUCUGGAACUUCUGGAAAGAGAUCCUUGAAGGGAGCAGGGAAACUGUCAGUUGAUUCGCUUCGGAGAGAUCUAGAUUUAGCUAUAUAUCUAUUGUUUGCUAGGAUGGAUUAAGUGUAUGAUCAUGGUGGUGAAUUCGGUGCACUGGUUCCGAAAAGGGCUGCGACUUCACGACAACCCGGCUUUGCAGGAAGCGUUAAAUGGCGCAGACACGGCGCGCUGUGUUUAUGUUUUGGAUCCGUGGUUCGCUGGAGCGGCUAACGUCGGAGUCAACCGGUGGAGAUUUCUUCUGGAGUCACUGGAAGAUCUGGAUAAGAGUUUAAGGAAACUGAACUCGAGGCUGUUUGUGGUGCGAGGGCAGCCUGCUGAUGUGUUUCCCAGACUGUUCAAGGAGUGGAACGUGACUCGUCUGACAUUUGAGUAUGACUCAGAGCCGUAUGGUAAGGAGCGAGAUGGUGCCAUCAUUAAAAUGGCCCAGGAGUUUGGCGUGGAGACAAUUGUGAGGCACUCUCACACCCUGUACAACCCAGACAGGAUCAUCGAGCUGAACAAUAACAACCCACCGCUCACCUUCAAACGCUUUCAGGCCAUCGUGAGCCGCCUCGAGCUCCCCAAGAAGCCGUUGCCUACCGUCACGCCGGAGCAGAUGGCCAGCUGCAGUACGCAGCUCUCAGAAAACCAUGACGAACAUUACGCCGUGCCCUCGCUGGAGGAGCUGGGGUUUAAAACUCGGGGCGAGGGUGUGCCAGUUUGGAGAGGCGGUGAAACCGAGGCUCUGGAGAGACUCAAUAAACCUCUGGACAGAAAGGCAUGGGUGGCGAAUUUCGAGCAUCCUCGAAUCAAGGCCCACUCACUCUUCGCGAGCUCCACUGGUCUGAGUCCGUACCUCUGCUUCGGCUGCUUGUCAUCUCGAGUGCUUUAUUACCACUUACGUGAACUCUAUAUGAAGCUGCGUAGACGCUCCAGCCCUCCCCUCUCGUUGUUCAGGCAGCUGCUGUGGCGAGAGUUCUUCUACACUGCAGCCACCAACAACCCCAGCUUUGACCGUAUGGUAGGAAACCCCAUCUGCGUGCAGAUCCCUUGGGACCAGAACCCCGAAGCGCUGGCCAAGUGGGCUGCAGGCAGGACGGGCUUCCCCUGGAUUGACGCCAUCAUGUGCCAGCUAAGGCAGGAGGGCUGGAUCCACCACCUAGCGCGCCAUGCCGUGGCCUGCUUCCUCACCCGGGGAGACCUGUGGAUCAGCUGGGAGAGUGGGAUGAAGGUGUUUGAGGAGCUGUUGCUGGACGCAGACUGGAGCAUGAACGCUGGAAGCUGGAUGUGGCUUUCCUGCAGCGCAUUCUUCCAGCAGUUCUUCCACUGCUACUGUCCCGUUGGCUUCGGACGCCGCAUCGACCCCAGUGGAGACUACAUACGGAGAUAUGUUCCUGAGCUGAAGGACUACCCGAGCCGUUACAUCUACGAGCCGUGGAAUACACCGGAGUCAAUUCAGAAGGCAGCAAACUGCAUUGUGGGAGUCGACUAUCCCAAACCCAUGAUAAACCAUGCAGAGAGCAGUCGCCUCAACAUCGAGAGGAUGAAGCAAGUCUAUCAGCAGCUCUCUCACUACAGAGGCCUUAGUCUGCUAGCAUCCGUGCCCACCAUUCAGGAGGAGGUGGAGCCUUCGAUGUCAGACGACUCGCAGGCCAGCAGCAGUGGUGUUAUCUCGGCGUCCCAUCAACUACAGCUUCAGUCUGAACCCCAGCAAUCCCAAACAGAUUCUGAUCCAGACCAGGACCCCAGUCCUGAGCCUUCAGCAUCUUUGGCUCCUGCAGCGAUGAGAAAGCGAGGCCACUCCUCUGAACCCCAAAGCUCCCAGAAUCCUAAAGUGCAGCACACCAGCCAGACUAAAGCCGAGCAAUCGCACACCGACAGCCAGCAGUGACCGAGCAGAUGAAGAUGAAGGGAAACACAAAAGGAGGCUGCUCUGCAAUAAAACAUCCAAGACAGGAAAUAAGUGCAGCAUUCGAGUGCAAGCUGAGCGGAAAAACAAAAAGAAAUGACCCCAAGUCUGCAGUACGUCACGGUUUGGCGCAGACGGAGCAACAGCGUGUUCUGUUCUGUACGCUUGCUACUCUCUUAACUUUAAAUCUGUUCAGCAAGAUAGAGCUUUUAAUGACACGAUCAUAUUUAGAGUGGAUGUGCUUUCAUCAACGUUUAACAUGACAAAGAUAGCCUUUGGAUCUUAACUCCAAUUAUUAUAAUUUUAUAAAUAGCUCUCUGACUGAAGAGUUUUUUUUUUUUAAACUAGAGUAUAAUUUAAUUUCAUAAUUUCAUAACUUCAGCAAAUGCUUAAUGAAGACGAGUUUAAUCCGUCCUUGCUUGUGAGCAUGUGCAAUCAGUAACAUGAAGGAACUUUUUUUUUUUCCCCCCCUCACCCUGUUUUAACAUGUGUUGAAUAAAGUGUUUUUGUUUUCAGCCCAUUUUUAAGAUUGACUGACUUCUCUUAGCGAGGGGAAGUAAACAGUGUUCUCUGUACGAGCGAGUACAUUCCACAUUAACAUUCAUGAACUGGAGUCCCCGUCCCCCCCAAGCUAAGCAGACUAGUGUUAUUUAUUUUAUAUUUGGUGAUGUUUAGAGGAUUUAUUUAGAUGCAUGUGGGUAAAAAGUACUACAGGGACAAUGAGUGUGUGUGUGCGCUUUGAUAUUUGGGUGUGAAUUGAUGGUGGGUAACAAUUUCUUGAAGGCAACAAAGACAUUUCUGUGACCUUUGCAUCUGCUCAGUUUAUCCACAGUAUAUUCAGAUAAAUAAAUACUUUGAACACAUCCUUUGGGUGAGUCCUAUUGUUACUCUAAUUGAUUUAACUAUCUAUCUUGGGGCUGAACAGUUAUUUUUGGAAUGAUUACAAUUAUUGAAUAUUAAACUCCUGUGUAUAGUAUAUGAUCUUUUAUGUAUCAUUUUAAACAGCUGCUUCCCCCCCCAUAUUGCUAAUAAUGUAUUGUAUAGAAAGAAUGUUCCAUAGUCUCAUGAAAUGUCAAUAAAUGCUAACUAUAAAAUUACCCUGUAAAUAAAUACGAAAACAUGA